ACUUUCUUCUACGUCAUACCCGGAAGUGAAAACAAUCCCUCUCUUCAUUGAAAUGAUUUCCUUGGGAACGGGUAUUAUGCUUGGCUUCUGCGGUAACGGCACCUCAUGUAUUUCAAAUAAUUGCGUGUUUUAAUCGGGAACCAACACGAUCUGGUUCCGUCAUGCAUUUGUAUUUUAGUGCAAGAGCGUAAUGAAGCACUGAUCCAGGUUUCCUCUUCUCUACGGCGGAGUCACAGACAUACACUGUGAAUGUUUGCAUGGAAAUAGCGGAGUAUUAUUUACCUGUGAUUGUGCAGUUUAGCUGUACAAAUCAGGCACAUUUGGACCCGUUCAUGCCCUGGAUCGAGUUAACAGCCUCUUAACAGAAGAACCAUGAUGGUGUUUGGAGCCAGAGCGGUGCUUGUCAACCUGAGGUACAGUUUGCACAGAGCAGGCUCCUUGGCCAGAGACAGACUGCUUCAGAACUCAAGGAUAUGUUUGAUUAAAAGAAGGCAGAUUUUUACCCAGAUACCAAAGGUGACGCUGCUAUGUUGGGGUGCAGUCAAUGCAUCAUCCUGUGCUGCCAAUUGUCAGGAUGCAAUCCGUCCAUCCCAAACUCCCGAAAGAAAGUCUCUAGCUAAAGUCCAGGUGCACAUAGUCAUAUUCUUCCUUCGCCUCAGUUUCCGUGCAUUGGUUCUGCUUCUUAAAUUUGGCUCACUUCUCCUCCUCUCCCCCUUGACUCUGGUGUCAACCCGCUGGGCCUCUCUCUGGCUGGACACUCUGGUGUGGGUGACUGAAACCUCUGGCCCGACUUUUAUCAAGCUGGGGCAGUGGGCCAGCACCAGGCGUGACAUCUUCUCUCCAGAGUUUUGUGAACGCCUCUCCAGACUCCAUGUCAAGGUCCGCCCUCACUCCUGGGCCCACACCAAGCAGUGUCUCCAGAGAGCAUUUGGGGAGGGCUGGAGGAGGGUUUUGGUCUUUGAGAGCAAAGAGCCAGUGGGUUCGGGCUGCGUGGCACAGGUGUACCGAGGCUGGGCCCGGGCGGACAAGGUGGAGGACCCAGAGUUCCAGACACUGAUGGAGGAGCUGGAGAAAGAAGAUUUACUGGAAGCCUGGGAGAUCCCAGGGCUCAGAGGGAUGGCCAGCUCCUUGUGGAAGCUCUGGAGAGGGAGGAGGGAUGAGGACGGAUAUGAGGAGAGGACUCACGCAGAGGUUCAGCAAGCGAUGAGCAGCACACAAAAGGAGCAUCUGAUACCUGUGGCCAUCAAGGUGAUCCACCCAGGAAUCAGACGGCAAGUGGAGAUCGACCUGUUGCUGAUGAAGGCGGGCAGUUGGCUGCUGCACUGCCUUCCUGGACUCAAGUGGCUCAGUCUGUGUGAGAUAGUAGAGGAGUUUGAGAAGCUCAUGACCAAACAGAUUGAUCUUCGUUUUGAGGCCAGAAACAUCAAGCAUUUCCGGGAUAAUUUCCACAAUGUGGAUUAUGUCAAAUUCCCAACCCCAUUACAACCGUUUGUCACCAGGACCAUUUUAGUGGAAACGUUUGAAGAGAGUGAGCCAAUUUCUAAGUACUUGAGCUCGGACAUUUCCCUAGACGUGAAGCAGAGAAUAGCCAGGAUGGGUGUAGACACACUGCUCAAAAUGGUUUUUGUGGACAACUUCGUCCAUGGGGACCUCCAUCCCGGCAACAUUCUGGUCCAGUGCAGAGAUCCUCGUGCUGGUUCCUCUGACAGCGUUGGUAUCACCAUGGAGCCUCAUGGAAAGACCACCCUCACCGACCUGUGGGACACAGUGGUGGUCAGUCUUAGACCAGACCCUUGUCCCGUCCAACUGGUGCUGCUGGACGCUGGCAUUGUAGCUCAACUCAGCGACUACGACCACGCCAACUUUAAGGCUGUCUUCACAGCUGUGGUGCUUCGGCAGGGGGAGCGAGUAGCAGAGUUGAUCUUGCAUCAUGCCCGAGCUAACGAGUGUCAAGAUGUGCAACAGUUUAAGAAGGAGAUGGCUCAGCUGGUGGACCAGGCCCUCAGCAACACUGUUGCUUUGGGAAAGAUCCAAGUGGCAGACCUGCUGUCCAGAGUCUUCAGUCUGCUAAUUAAACACAAGGUGAAGUUGGAGAGUAAUUUUGCCUCCAUAGUGUUUGCCAUCAUGGUGCUGGAGGGUGUGGGACGGUCCCUGGAUCCAAACUUGGACAUUCUGGACCUGGCCAAACCACUGCUGCUAAAGAACUGCUCUUCGCUGCUCUGAUACACAACAACAGACCAGAAUGAUCUGGAAGGGUUUAACUCUUGACUGAUGCAACUUUAAAGCAGAAAAUUACUCCAUCAACUGCACAAAAUCCAUUAACUUACAAUUUUAUUAAAUCUGUCAAUGAAAAACACAGACAAGAGACGCAAUUCUGUGUAUAUCAUCAGGAAGAACAGUCAGCAUGGCUGAAAGAGUGAGAUCAGGAGGUUUUGGUGCAAAAAAUGUAUCACAUAUCCUUUAUUGCAAAACUGUUUUUUUUUUUUUUUUCAUCACCAUCAAGUGCCCAGACAGAGCAGCACUAUUCAAGUAAGGAGGGAGGGGAGAGGUGACAACUGUGUAAAAAAAUCCUUUUAAGGGUAAUAAUAAUUAUUAUAAUUAAUAAUAAUGACAAAGGAAACAAAAACAUUUCUAAUAGACAAACACAAUCACCUCAGUAAAGACAAUUCUGUCACGGUCACAACAACCAGAGAAAGUUGUUUUCUUUUUUUACGCUUUUUUUAUUUGAAUUAAAUAGUUUUAAAAAAUAUCUCACCAUUUACUUAUACUCAUCUUUUUUUAUUUAUUGCGAAAAUAGGCAACUGGACUAAUUGUGGUGAUGCAUGUGUGUGUGUGUGGUGUCGGUGUGUGUAUGAGACAGAAGUAGAGAUUAAGUGUAGAGAUACAGUGGAACGUAUUGGAGCGUUGGCACCGAGAGCAGCAGCAGUGAGUGGCAAUGCAGUACUCUCAUCCAGCCACCAGGGGGCACAGUUCCAUUUUAGCGUCCCUCAAAGGGAGCACGGUGCUCCACUCCUCCCACUGUGUUACAGAAAGUCAAGUUCUGCCAACACCAGCCUCUGAUCUUUUUAUUUUUUACUUUUAUUUUUUGGAAUGAUGCUUGUGUGUUGAAACUUUGUCCACGGUCGUUUAUCGGCAUUGCCGGAUCUCAGUUCUAUGUACAAAGGUUUCAAAUCCCUGAAGGACAUCUACAAAGACAAGUGCAACCUCCAUGUGACUACUAUCCCCCUUUCUGGAGAAGCUCAGGGGAAAAGGGGGGGGGGGCUAUACCGAUGGGAGCAGGUAAACGUGCCACAGCAGGACUCAACAGAAUAGUUCUUGGGAAUAAAUGUCAGGAAUGACAGCAGAGAAGGACGAAGACUUAGGAAUGUGAACGGCUGAAGGGGAGAGGGGUUGUACACAGUGACCUUCCCCAGAGUGGGAACCAAAAUAUCCUAAUGCAAACCUUUCUAACUAAAUGUCCAUGAGAGGCAAUGAAUCAGGGAAAGAAACACGCGACAAGUAAAAUAAUGCAUCCAUGGUCUUUUUGUCCUGUCCUUUCAUGCUCAUCCACCGGUCUCUCCAUGCAUUUUAAAAAUAGUCCAAGCUCCUACAUCUUCAGCUGAUUGUAAUUUUCUUGUAUUUUGCUCAACCUGCACUUUUUCUCCUCGUCUGUGUCCGAGUGGAAUCUGUCAGAGCGGUGCCCUGCUGAGGACUGGCUGCCCUCCACCUCUCUGGAGAAAGACAGGGGGGUGGGGGUGGGAACCAAACGGGAAUAAACUGGGCUUUGGGAAGAAAUCAAGGCGUAAACCUUCAGUCGUACUGUAUGUGGUGCCUUCUCCACUGCAGGGUGAGGGCUACUGGGUCCAUUUAGGCAGAUGUUGAGUACAGGCACAUACGUUAACGCUGACAAAUAAU